AUGUGGCCUAUAGGAGUAAUCCAAACAGGAAGAGAUUUUUAUUUUCAAUAUGGAUGGGAGAAAUUCAUUGAGGAAAACAUUAUAGAGUUUGGAGACUUUUUAAUAUUUGAAUAUGAUGGAAAAGAAACAUUUCACUUUAAAUUACUUGGAAUAAAUGGAUGUGAAAAUAAAGGUUUCGGAGGUGAAAAUAAAGAGGAAGAAAUGAAUAUUGAACAUCGAAAGAGUGUAGAACCAAAAGGGAAGAAAUGGGCUAGUGAUAGCAGUAGUAGUUCUUCUGAUGAUGAUAGUGCUGAGAAUUACAUGGUAGAAGAAGAAAAUGAUGAUGAUGAAGAAGAAGAAGAAGAAGAGGUGAAAAAGGAAGAGAAAGAAAAGACUAAAAAUGUGUCAUGUUCAAAACACAACUACAUGGAAGAGGAAGAAUAUAAGGAGGAGGAGGGGGAGGAGGAAGAAACUGAGGAGGAGGAAGAUGAAGAAGAGAAUGAAAAGGUUGGCACAUUUAAUAAAAAGGCGUCACAUUCAAAAGUUGGAUGCCAAAAAGCCACUGCUGGCAAAGUGAGGUAUGUCCCUGACCAUUAUGGUGCCGAUAUAUUCAAAAGUGGACGCACAACUCAACCAAAAAAUCCUUACUUUGUAGAAAAAAUACGAACAAAAAGAAGAGAUCAACUGUUUGUUCCAAUUGAUGUGGUGAGAGACUACAAACUUAAACUCCCUCCAAUCAUGAUCAUUCGCGACUCUGUUGGCAGAGAAUUUGAGACAAGAGUCAAUAAUUGGAAGGACGACAGAAUAUGGCUAGUUGGCGGAUGGCGAAAUUUAUGUAAGUGGAACCUUGUGGAGAAAGAUGACAAGUGUAUUUGUGAAUUUGUGAGAGGAAAAUUCGGCAAAGACAUUUACUUACAAGUUCAAGUUCUCUAUGAAGGAUCAAGUUUCCAUCCCAACAAUAAAUAA